GUGAUGCAUUAUAAUCAAAAGCAGUAAACAAAUGAUUUCAAUUCGAUCAUCAGUAUAUGCGAAAUGGCGGCAUCUAGCAGUGAGCUGAGAGAAGAAAUUCUUGAAAUACGGGAAGACGUGUUGGAAUAUAAACCAGGCAAAGCAUCAUCAUGUCCUGAGCGAGUUGUAUUCCCGGAAAACCUUUACAUAGGGAUCUUUGGCCAAACAGGAUGUGGAAAGACAUCAUUGAUCAAUUCGCUGAAGUUUGCUGCCCAUGGGCGACUACGAAGAGCCAAAUGGUUGCAGGCUGCAACUCAGGAGAAGGCUGGAGGACACACCAUGUUCAGAAGAUUCGCUGAUAUUACCAAGAAUAUAUUUGUGAUUGACAACCGAGGUCUUGAUGAGCCGAAUACUGAAAAAGCGCUUACUGAACUACGUGCACAACUUGAUGGAAAACGAGGGUACGGGUCAAAAGUCGUUUGGCAAGGAGAAAAGGAUGAGGAUGAGCUCGAUACCUCGGACCUAGUCUUGGAUCAACCUCAGACCGGACAACCAAUCGGCUGUGCUGUCUUCGUCUUUAGCGCUCGGCAUGAUAUUGACUCAAACACUACUGGAUUGACCGAGGUCGUUGACUUCUUACACGGACACCAAGGUCGCUACCCAGUGGCUGUCAUAACCCACGUGGACGUGGCAGAGAAGGAUCAUGUUGAGACUCUCGAGUCUGUGCUACGUGUAUGUGGUGUAAGUGACAUCUUCAGGGUGGCCAAUCUCACCGAUGGAAAGGCAAAGCUAGAAGAUCUCUACCAGCUCAGUCUCCUUAACCUCAUCGAGAGGUGCAUGACGGACGGUGACGAUACGCUCAUAUUCAAGUACUAUCAGAGGAUGGAGGAGAAGCGAAGGGACGAGAUUCAGAAGAUACUAAAGGAGAAGGAGCGUAAGGAAGAAGAGGAACAAAGGGCACGAGAACUCGAACAAAGGGCACGCGAGCAGGAGCGGAUGGCGAUCGAACAAGAACGAAGAGCAGAAGAAGAUCGACGCAAGUCCGAAAGAAGUCGUCUUGACAUGGAAUAUGCUACGAAGUUACAGGAACAGCAGUACUUAUUUGAAAUGGAACACGAGCGAAAGCGGGCGGCUGCCCUGGAAAGAGAGAUGGAGGAGCGAGAGGAGAGGGAGCGACAGAGAGAGGCGCGCUACGAGAAAGCACUCCGAGAAGCAGAGGCUAGCAAACAGGAAGACCUUAGGCGAAUCAUGGCGGCGAACAGAAGCAAAGACAGUGAAUGUAAAAUUUUGUGAACAUUUAGGCCUACUUUUUCGGGGAAUGAUUUCAUGGAUGCGUUUACACAACUGUACAAACAAACACUCUUAUAAACAGAAUCAAAACAAUUAAAUAAGAACACAAACAUUUAUUUAAAAAAAAAACUUGUAUAGGGGUUUUAAGCAUCACAUU